CUUCCGGCUUCCCUUCGUCCCGCCGCCAUAUGCGGGACAAAGGCCGCGGAGGCCGUCGUUCUCGGUCUCGUCAGGCUUUCUACGCGGUAGCUUCCGACGCAAAGCGUGUCGAGGGUCGCGCCCCCCCCGCCCCAUUUCCGCGGCUCCUUCGCGGGCGCCGCUUGCGGGGCGGCGUGAGGGGAAAGAACCGCAGAGGAGCCGGAAGCGUCGUGGCGGCGACGAGGCCCCUCCUUCCCUCCGCGCGUGCGCAGGCGCGCUGCAUGCCGGGAGUGCUGAGGAGGCCCCUCGCGGCGCGCCUUCCGAGCGGCCGUUGCGGCGAGCGGUGAGGGGGCGCCGCGCUCUGUGCAGGCUCAGGGGCACCCUCGCGCGGGAGGCUGCGGAGGCCGAAAGGGCCGCCCUCCAGCCGGGGCGGGGAGCGGGGAGGCCGUGGGCGGGCAGUCCUGGCGGCGGCGGUCCGCUGAGGCGAUUAUUCCCCUCAGGGCCGCCAGCCCGGCCUCCCUGCGCGGGGAGUUCCAAAGGCGCCUGUCCGUGAGGGGGUCGGGGGUCGCCUGUCUGGGCCGCUUGGGCCCCGUGAGGGACGCGGAGCGAGGGAAAGAGCCGCCCAGAGGCCGAGGCCGGCCGUCGCUGGGGCAGAGCUGCCAACAUUUCCCUUUUUUUUAUUCAAAAUUAAAACAAAACGUAUUAUCCAGAAACAUAUCAUCCUUAUUUUUACCCCCAUUUUUCCUCACUCCCACACUCCCUCAGUUCCAGUCUUUGGUUUCUCUGAGAAUGCUGUUUUCUGCAUGUUAACAGUUGUACAGUGGUACCUCGGGUUACAGACGCUUCAGGUUACAGACUCCGCUAACCCAGAAAUAGUACCUUGGGUUAAGAACUUUGCUUCAGGAUGAGAACAGAAAUCGUCCUCCAGCGGUGCGGCAGCAGCAGGAGGCCCCUUUAGCUAAAGCGGUGCUUCAGGUUAAGAACAGUUUCAUGUUAAGAAUGGACCUCCAGAAUGAAUUAAGUGCUUAACCCGAGGUACCAUGGUAUAGAUCCUCAAACUAUUUAGCUGAUAUAUCAUCAAUAAAAAAGUUUGUGAAUGUUUAUUCAAAUCCAGUCAAGGAGUCCAGUUUGCUUUGUUGCGUCUUCAAAUACUUUUUAAAAGGGAAAUUCCCUUAUUCCGAAUUGGAUUCCUCGCAAGAAAAGGGAAAAGUUGGCAGCUAUGCGUGGGGGGAGAGAGAGCGCAUAAUAAUAAUAGUAAUAAUAAUUUAAUUAUACCCCGCCCAUCUGGCUGUGCUUCCCCAGCCACUCUGGGCGGCUUCCAGCAAAAUAUUGAAAUACAGUAAUGCACCAAACAUUAUAAGCUUCCCUAAACUUAAAUAACCCCCUUGCUGCCGUGUUCCCCCCUUUCCCCAGGCUCCAGGGGUGCCAUGGCAGAACGUCCCGAAGACCUGAACCUGCCCAACGCUGUCAUCACUCGCAUCAUGAAGGAAGCCGUGAGUAAUAGGCAACCUCUCAGGGCUCAGGCACACUUCCACCACUUGCCCCAGGGUUGCAGACAAGAACAACAACUAUAUCAUUAUUUUUAUUGUUAUAAUAUAAAAUUAUAAUAAUAAUGUUAUUAUAUUCUACCUACCAGUAUAGGGUGUUAUAUAAACUCAAUAAGAAUAACAACAAAAACAACAACAAUAUACCCCACCUAUCUGGCUGGGUUUCCCCAGCCCUCCAAAAAUACCCAAACAUUACAACUUUCCCGAUACAGGGCUGCCUUCAGAUGUUUCCUGAAAGUGCAAGUAGCUUCUUUUCUUGUUUUUCCAGCCACAUUCCCCAGGAAAACCCACCGUUUGCUGUUGAAUCAGAACAAACAUCGAUGGGGUUUUCUGUGGCCUUUGUUCAGCAGUACAAACGGCAGGUUUUUCCGGGGAAAGUGGUAGAACAAAAGGAAAACCUCUUGGACCCGUGAUUAGAAAUUUCAGAGCAAAUGGAAGUGUGGCUGAGCCCUGUUCUUGGUACUUCUUGUGGCUCCGAUGGCUUCUGUUAAAGGUUUGUGUUUCCUUCCAUCUUACAACUCCUGUCUGCCUCGCCUCUUGUUGCAUUCCCUCUCUACUUACCUGCCUUUAUCUUAUUGCAGCUACCCGGAUAACCUGCUUUAACAUUUUCUCUGCCGAAUGUAACAUCCUGUGCCAGCCUUGGUUUGGGUUUUACGUAUUUGUCAUGUUUCAUUACAUGGUUAACAUUCUGUAAAAAUACUUCCGGUGCCGUGGGAGCUAUGAGUAAGUGGACAAGAUGCUGGGAAUCUGGAGCGUUGGAGAAGACAGAGGCGCUAGUGGCUGGUGUGCAAGACAUAGAGGGAGAGGGAAAACACCCUCAUCAGUGGCAGAAGUGCAAUGUCAGAUGUGUCUUGAUAGGAGUGGGACAGAACGCUGCGGGCAACUGGUGCCUGCUGAAUGCAGACGCGACAUGGAUCUCCCAGGCUUACUCACGCCUCUUUCCCCUCAGCUUCCUGAUGGAGUAAAUAUUUCCAAAGAAGCCCGAAGUGCGAUCUCCCGAGCUGCCAGUGUGUUUGUGUUGUAUGCCACAUCAUGGUGAGUGAGUGCUGCUGGUGGUGAGACCCAUGAGCCUGACUGGAUAAGCUCAAGCCUCUCACCAUUUUUACUUACUGACAGUGGUAUGUGGCUAGUGGAACUGGUUGCAGUCAUGUUGGUAGGUUUUGUUUUGUUUGGUUUUUUUGUUCACUCGGUCUACAAAAAGUAAAGAGAGCUUAGGCUGUCCCUUCACAAUUGUUCAACACACACCUUUCCUGUGUGACAUUUCACAACGCUGACUUGCAAUUUAUAUGUUGUUUAUAAGAAUAAUGACCGUACCAGUUUUAAUAACACAAACAAACACAAACAUAAUGCAAUAAAUUUGGUGGCGCUCCAGCCUUCCAGUAGCCUCAACCUCCAUAAGGUGGACGGUAUAGAGCAACGCAAAUAUUGUUGUAUAUCAAUAAAGGCUUCAGUACAAGUCCUAUUGGUCCAAUUGAUGGGAGAAAUUAGGUCAUGCUGCUAUCUUGCACCAUGGCAAGCCAUGCCUCCUCAUAAAAAGGUAUUUAAACAAUGGUGCUCUUGAAAAUUAAGAUGUUUGUUUUAGUACCCUCAAAAGAGCUGUGCAUUGAUAUAUGUGGAUGUAUGUUUUUCAUAUGGAUAGUCACCUGGGAAAAAAACUAAUUAAAGCUUUGAAACCACAUGGUUGCACUGUGUAGCCAUUCAUUUUGCUGCUGUUUAAUUUUAUGAGGGGCAGGAGGAAGAGAAUUAUUAAAAGUUUAAUUUUUCCAUGGGAAAAAGACUGGUAGGAGAUUUUUACUAGUGACGGGUGAGUAAUUUUUCCUUUGCUUUCUCCAUAAUUAGUGCCAACAAUUUUGCAAUGAAGGGGAAAAGAAAGACGCUGAAUGCUGCAGACGUCCUCUCAGCCAUGGAGGAGAUGGAGUUCCAGAGAUUUGUUGUCCCCUUAAAGGAAUCCUUAGAAGGUAAAUGUUCAAGUGUCCUCUGUUCAGUUUCUGGUUCGCAUUCUCCUGUGCCCGGGUGUGUGAUGAUAAUAGCCACUGCCUGGGCUUGCUUUGACAGUUGCUUGUCCUUCUAGCUUACAGGCGUGAGCAGAAAGGCAAAAAGGGAGCCUCAGAGCUAAAGAAAAAAGACAAAGACCAGAAGGGAGAUGCAGAAGACCCUGAGAAGAACCGAGGCGAUGAGAACGAAGAGGAGGAUGAAAGGAUGGAGGAGGAGGAGCAAAACGAGGAGGAGGGGGAGGAAGCGGACAGCUAAUCGCUUAGGAUUUCAGCUCUGGGCAGCCCUACUCCACCAUCAGAACCAGCUGUGAAGCAGAAGAAGCAAUAUGGUUCCUGGUCUGAGACUGAGUGGGGAUUUGAACUUUGGUUGAACCCCCAACACCACCUCAAUCUCUGUGCUUUUCCUUCAUUCCGGUGCUGGGGAUGAGCUUGCACGUGGAAACACGGGCUUACUGGAUCAAGUGGUCCCCAGAGACUUUGUAGGAGAUCCUGGAUCAGUUACUCUCCUUGGAGUGUCUGCAGGUCGAUUCCGCGUUUCUGCCCACAUAGGUUCAUCAGGAUCAUUACACGCGUCAUUUAAUUUGUAACAAUUCAUUUGUUGGUUUUUUUGUUCAUAGUUGGGAUUUCCAGGCUUUGUCAGGUGACAGCUGUUCAGGGUAACAUUCGAGGGCAGCAAAUGGUGCCCUUGCCAAGGAGGAGCUCUGCUCUGGUGGGCAGCAGUGGAGACUAGGCAGGUUUGAAGUGGGGCAGAACUGCUAACCACCCACUUUCAAAGGGUGUGAUCAUUGGGGAAGCCAGCAAGUCAUUUUGAAAAGAGCAUUGGAUGGGAUGCGAGCGGAUGGAGGGUUAGUCAGAGAGGAACAAUUCCUGACCACGCAGCACUGUGAAAACCAAAUUUUUAAAAAAUUAUAUGCAGUUAUUCUCAAAAUUGGAUAACUUAUUAGGACAUUAUUUUAUAUAUAAAACAAGUAGAUGCAGCAAAACAAGUUGAUAGCCCAGUUCCAAUGGACACUUUAAUUGCCAAAAAAUGAGAUAAAAUGGAAUUUGCCUUAUGAUUAAGGGAAAUACAAUAAAAACCUCCUUGAGUAAACGGGCUGUAUAAAAAAAUAUUCUGGUUAAGAUGUUCAAGAAACAAUUGCACAUCUAUUAAAAUACAAGUUGAAACAGUUUAAAUUUGUGGGUUUUACCCAUAUAGUGAUUUAUCUUCUUUGAAUACCUGCAGGCAUCAAACUUCUCAUCCAAGAAUCCAGUUAGAACCCCCCCCCCAAAAAAAAACCCCACCCUCACAGCGACAUUACCUAUUCCCCCG